AUGCGUGGGGAAAUUUACGUUAAGGAUGAUGCUGAGUCACCAAGCGGGCAGACGCUUGUGAACGGAAACGCUGGCCACACGCGCGCGAAUGGUGUCCCGAGGCAGGCGCUUGUGAAUGGAGACGCUAGCCACACGCUUGUGAAUGAAAACACUGGCCAUACGCGUGUGAAUGGAGACGCUGGCCACAUGCGUGUGAACGGGAUACCGGGCCAGACGCGUUCGAUCCCUGUGCCGAGGCGUGCGAAUGGAGUCAACCGGCUUGAUCAUUCCCAGCAAGCUCCACCUCGCCAAGCCUCACCCGUUGUCUGGGAUCCGCGCUGGGAAUGGGAGGACAUGUGGGCGGCGCUGAAGGCCAUGUCUCGGCAUUACGGCUCUUACCACGAGAUUCCAGAAGAUAUCAUCCUGGAUCUACCUUGGAUCGCAUUCCUUCUCUGGUCCGAUGCGAUGAAACGGCGCGAGGAGGUUUACGCUCGAAUGGAAGUCAUUGAUGCCAUAACAAAGUACGGUGGACAUGAUCAGAUCCCAAAUCAUGCCGUAGCACAAAUGACUUCGAUGGCACGCGCCAUUUACAGGCAUAUGAUGGCUUUCUUCGACGAUCCGACCAGGUUCUCGUUUCGAAGGAAUAUGUUGGAGACUAUAUUCCCACCGUUGACGAACCCUAGGGAUCGGUUUCCAAGACGAUUCUAG